AUGAAUCCCACCGAAGAGACUUCUAAAAACCUGAUCCAUGCGCAUGAAGAAGAGGAUGACGACUUCGAUUUUCAGGUUGCUUCAGAGAUAGAAGCAGAAGAAGAUCAAGCCAAGGCCGAUUUUGAGCAGGAUCUUGAAGAAGCACGGAAAUUAUCCAUGCAUCUACUAAGCGCUGAUUUGAAGGAAGAAGAGAAGAAGAAUCAGAGAGCACAAUUUGUCAAUAGGAGGCGGGCCGAAUGGAGUGAGAAGAAAGAUGAGGAAAAGAGAAACUUCCUCCAUUACCUGGCAGAAUACAACUACAGAAAUCACAAGCCACCUAUCAACCUGCAGUGGGUGAUGGUACUGGCUGUUCGAAGACUGCCUGCAGCUUUGGUAUGGUCGCCGGAUGACAAGGGUCGUGUUCCUCUGACCACCGCGCUGCUGAAGGUCAAUAUAUUCUUCUAUUACUCAGUAUGCCUGAGAAUGAGAGAGAGAACAUUGGAAGAUUACAAAGCACUAAUGUUGAAGAAGUACGAGAAUUGGGAUGGCGGCAGUGAAACGACAUACUUGCAUGCUGCUGCUACAUGCAUCGCUGAUGAUGGAGAGAACCGACAAGAUGCCUUUAGUAACGUGUGUCGGUUUUCACCUCGACAGAUGUUCUUUGUGAGGGAUAGCAAAGGCCGCACGCCUCUUCAUCGGGCUGUAGAGUAUGAGUGUUGUUGCAAGAGCCAAGUGGGCGUGGUCAGCGAGCUUCUACGCGCAUGCGGCGGUCUUUUAGACACACCAAUACAGGACCCAGAAGACGCCAGCCGGACUAUAUCUGUUUAUCAGUAUCACCACUAUACUCGGAAGAAGGCGUUGGAGAGCCGGCACAGAGAUGCUCAGGACAAGGCCAGCCAGCAACUCAAACCAGGCCCCGCCAAGAAGAUUGAUCCGGGGCAAGAGAAGGGAAUAGACCCAAAGAAGGAUUCAAAGAGAAUAUCAACAAGACCAGAAAAGUCCGGUGCAGAAAGGUCAAGUAUGGGUCCACCACCGCCUAGAGACAAGGGAGACUCAGUUUCGAAGCGCAGAGGUUCAAUCGCUUUGACACCGCAAGGCAUCACUACUCCUCUUCAAUCUCCAAGCCUGGUACCACUCAAUCGUGUCAAGACUGAAGCAGUUCAAAAGAUUACUCGGCCAGCUGUGGCUGAUAAGCUUGUUAACAAGGAGAAAGAGACGCAAGAGGCAGCAAACAAGAUCAGCAGCCUACUGAAACUUGAGACCUUGCGUAAAAAAAGUCCAGAAAAGGCAGCUGAGAGUUUGAGGCUGCAGGGUGAGCUAGCCAAAGAGUUCUGGUUUGACUUUGGGCCGCCCAACACUCUCAGCGAGAAUGACUUCAAGAAGCAUUUCGGCCAUUUGAAGUUCGACACAGCACUGCAGUACGUGGGGUUUCCACAACUUCGACUAAAGGGCAGCAGAGAACAGCCAGAUGUGAGGCAUCAAGGGAGGAAUGUUGUUGUUGAAGAUAUGGAAAAGCCUUCGCACAGUGAUGAGGCGAUUGAGGAGUGUCUGAAGGAUCUGGGUGUCGAAAUUCUCGACUGGAGGCGCCUGGAUCUCGAUGCACUCACCCUUCGCAAGAUUGGGACUCAUCUACGUGAGAUUCACCUUCAAUGGAGUGGCAGCAACUCAACUCUCAGAGCAUGGUCUGAGAAGGAGGGUCUAGCCAUGAUAUCGACACUUGAAGGUCUUGAGUCUCGUGACAGAACGUCGGAGAACAUCAAAGCAUUUGAGGAAAGAUUACGCCAGUCUUGGCCUCAGGGGAAACAUCCGCCUAAAGUAAUCCCGCCCAAAACUGGAGGCGGUCGACGGGUGACCCAGCCUCAAGUCCCUGACACCAAGCCUCAGCCCCUAGAGCGAUCAAUCGAUCCACAGAAGUGGAUGAAGUGCAUGGAGGACUUCUCCAGACGUUUCAGGCAGAUCAAAGCUCUCAGGGACACCAACCCAUCUCUGAAGCCAGUAGAAGUCGCCCUGAUAGACGAUGGCGUCGAUUUCAUGCACCCUGAUCUCAACGACACUAGGGAUCGUACCUUUUUGGGCAAAAGCUUUGACUACCGUGAUGAGCAUCCAACACCACGUGUUCCGCCGUACUGGAGCUCACCUUCAGGGCACGGGACACUGAUGGCCAGACUGAUUCACAAGAUUUGCCCCAGCGCCGUAAUACAUGUCAUCAAGCUUCAGACAUUCCGAGCGGGGAACUCGGACAAACUUCAAAUCAGAGCGGAUAGUGCAGUAAAGGCUAUUGAUUACGCCGCAGAGAGAGGGUCUCGAAUCAUCUGCAUGUCGUGGACUAUCAAACCGCCAGAAGGAGAGCUGAAAAGCGAGUUCAAUAGGGCAAUCCUCAACGCCAUCGACAGACAUAACAUCCUCAUAUUCUGUGCCGCCAGCGACCAAGGACAGUCAACGGACCUCAGCUACCCGCACGGAAGCAGCAAUCAAUGCUUCAGAAUCGGCGCGGCCAAGGCAACCGGAAACAUGCUCGAGACAGUCGGCGAUUCCCACAACAUAGACUUUAUCCUCCCCGGCCACGAAGUUGUCGUCGACAGCAACGAAAUGAAGACUCAGCUGGAGAAGUUCGAAGCCCACUCGGGCAGCUCUGUGGCCAACGGCCUAGCCACAGGACUAGCUGCUCUUGUUAUCGAGUGUGUGAGGCUAGGUGCCAUCUACACCAGAGAGCUGAAGCGGCUUGACCCCAAGAUUGCCGUCGACUACAAUCAUAGCUCUAUUGACGAGCAGGAUCUGAAGAAAAUACAGGAGCGCGCGCAGAUGGCAUAUGCGCUGAACGUGAUAGGCACCGAUUCGAAUACGAACAACAAAUACAUCGAGGUUUGGAAGACGUUUAGUGGACUUUCGGAAAAGCUGUCGCGAAGUGAGGGUGCUCCACUACAACAGUUGGAACAAGUCGCGGAGCAAGCUGCAUUCUUCCUGCGGAGCCCCUAG